ACUUGAGCGUUAUCGGCGAUAUGGCGGUAGUUCCUCGAUAGCUCGCGUCGACAAAGCACACGGAGACUUCCGCGAGAUGAUAGCCGAUCUGGAGUACGCGCGGCUGUAUCUCAGUCUGCAGUUCAACGAGGCAGUCUGCUGGUGGUGUUACUACAUCCGCGAGAUCUCGUGGCAACUGCUGAUUGCCCUGCUGGCUUAUCUCUGCGUUUGUAUUUUCCUCUAUGCGGUCCUCAAACGAGUGAACCACGCCGCCUGGCACCUGCCAGGACCGCCCGGCAAGCUCCUCCUGGUCACUGCUCAUCCGGAUGACGAGGUGAUGUUCUUCGGGCCGCUGGUUUACUGGAUGGCUCGCUCCAAGGCCAGCGAGAUCUACCUGCUGUGCUUAUCCAUGGGUGGGGACAGAAAGAGGAUAGAAGAGCUAUGGGCGUGUACAAAGGUGCUGGGAGUUCCAGAGGCUAAUGUUACAAUCAUUAUGAGCGGCGAGUUGCCAGACGAUCAGAGCGUGCAAUGGCCAACAGAAACGGUUGCGGAGAUCAUCUUGCAGUACAUAGAAAUGUAUAAGAUUAAUGCCGUCGUGACGUUCGAUAAAUACGGAGUGAGCCGGCACAAGAAUCAUAUCUCCUUAUAUUUCGCGAUCGCCGCAUUGUGUAUAGAGAAAAAAGUACCUUCUUAUUGCAAGCUGUAUGUGUUAGAGUCCGUUAAUAUAAUCAGGAAGUACAUUCAACUCUUAGAUUUACCCGUCAGCCUACUCUCGGCCUCGUACUGGUAUCUGGUGACGUACGAGCAGAAGCGAACGAUCAAAAGUGCCAUGACCGCGCAUAAGUCCCAGUAUGUCUGGUUUCGAAAAUUGUAUAUGAUCUUUUCGCGAUACACGUUCAUCAACACUCUUCAGGAAGUUAGCGCCCUCGACCUGGAGCUGGACCUCCAGUUCGACGAAGACUGAAUCUUGAUUAUGACGAACAAAAAAUUGUACAAAAUAUGUAAUUAAUGAUCAAUGUAUAUACUUUGUCUACUGUGUUAAUAUAAAUUACAUAAAAUGAAAACUGCGUACUAAAGCUACUCUAGCUAACUAUUAUGAAAACUUUAUGAAAUAUAUAUGCAGAUACUUUAUAUAAGAGGGAAAUAUUUUUUUAUUCAUUAAUGUAAUAGAAUAUACAUCGUAAUUACUUUCGAACGAGAACGCGGCACGGCGCAAUAAAUCAGAUUUCUCUCCUUAAAAACA